AUGGCUCAUCGAGGAGAGACUCUACACAACGAGGUAUCCUGCAUAGCAGACCUCAAAGCUCUAGGAAGCAGUAAGCUUCCGAAGAUGGUCAGAGGUGAGCAAAUCCAAUCUGUUCGUGGAACUCGCACCCUUACAGUUUACAUAGAUUACUACAAUGAAGGCGCAAUGGAUCUAAUCACAUUACGAGAGAAUGAAACUGCCUUCGACCGCUAUAAAAUCCUUCCUCGCGUUCUGAGAAACGUCGACCACGUUGAUACGACCACGGAAAUCCUAGGGACUAAGACUUCCCUCCCGUUUGGAUUCAGCCCUGCUGCAUCGCAAAAACUAGCUCAUCCAGAUGGAGAACUGGCGGUAUCACGGGCUGCCGCAAAGUACGGUAUCUGCAUGGGGCUCUCGUCGUACUCGAAUUAUUCCCUGGAGGAUGUGGCUGCGCAGGGGACCGGGAACCCGUACGUGAUGCAGAUGUGUGUGUUGCGGGAUCGAUCAAUCACAAUUCAGCUACUGGAACGGGCUGAAAAGGCGGGAUACAAGGCACUAUUCCUUUCGGUCGAUGUCCCUGUGCUCGGAAAGAGGCUCAAUGAAUACCGCAAUAGCUAUACCCUUCCGGAAGAUAUGAACUGGCCGAAUAUCCUCAGUUACGGCGCUGAUACCUCAAACCGUACUGACUAUGAUCCAAGUCUCGACUGGGAAAGCACAAUCCCGUGGCUCAGAAAACAUACCUCGUUGCAGAUAUGGCUCAAAGGGAUUUGCUUCCCCGCAGACGUCGAACUAGCAAUUUAUUACGGCGUCGACGGAAUUGUGAUCUCCAACCACGGCGGUCGCCAGCUGGACGGAAUCCCAGCAACGCUAGAUGCACUGAGACUAUGUGCCCCGAUUGCACGGGGGCGAAUCCCACUUGCAAUUGACGGGGGCAUCCGGCGAGGAUCGGAUAUCUUUAAGGCUCUUGCACUUGGGGCCAGUUACUGUUUCGUAGGGAGGAUCCCCAUUUGGGGCCUUGCAUAUAAUGGCCAGGAGGGCGUCGAGUUGGCAAUCAGGAUUCUACGGCAAGAACUGAAGAUUACCAUGGCUCUUGCAGGCUGCACAUCUAUUAGUGACAUUAAUGAGAGCUAUCUGUCAGUUCUGAAAUCAAACGGGCAGUUGGCAAGGCUGUAG